AUGGUAGAUACAAUAUCCGGUCAAUUUCUAAGUCUACUAGCUCAUGCAGUUCUCAUCUCGACAUUAUUCUUCAACCAGGAACCAUUCCUACUUGCGUCGUCACCACUCUGUGUGAGCGCAGUUCAAGAGGAUUCUCGAGUGGAAUUCAUCGUACUGCUCUCGCUCACACUGCUUUUGGAUGCCGGAGAACUGUUCCUGUUGUUCACGAGAGUUCCAUCUGUUAGCGUGUCUCUGCUCUCAAGUUCUUUCCAUGUUGUUAGUUGUUUAUUUCUAGUGAAGUUCAUUAUCGAUGAACAUCCAGUUAGUAACUUUUGGAUUUUACUAGCAUUCACUUCUUUUCCAGCAUUGUUGUUUAAUCUAAUAGGUUUCUCACUAUCUCCAUAUCGGAAUAAAUCCUGA